AUGGCCGUGGUCAUGACAUUGCAGCAACCGGGCUCAAGGGUACCGACGGAGGAAUACUAUGGCCUCUUCCCUAAUCAGAUCAACGCCGUGGCAGGUUCAGUCAGGAGCUUCGAGCUUGCUUACUCGCCCACACCCACGACAAUCGGUCAAGCACAGCUCCAGCACGUGAAGAGAAGACAGUUCCUCCGGCGCCAAGGUAGCUUCACUGUCCGUCGUGUUUCUCUACAGACAUGGUCGGGCAGUAGACUACCGUACGCUUUGCUCAGUGGUGGUCACCAUGUCGAUCCCCACCGUGUUCAAGUUAGCAGAGAUGAGGAAGGAUGCCGACUGAGAUCUGUGGCUGGGUCGGGCGCGAUUGCGAUGGCACAACACGUGGGUGAGCCAUUCCAGCACACGAGAUCAUCACGAGAGGGACCAAACUGCUCAUCGUCAGGGAACCGUCGCCGUCGUACCGACUUGUACAUGUGGGACAAGCUAGGACCCGUAGGUAAAGCUUGCACAUUAGGUAUUCGAUCAGCAGAACCUCAUGAUCGAACAGCUUCAACCUUCUCCACAUCAAUACAAUUGCUUGCCGAAUCAGAACAGCUACGAAACCCUUCUGGUGUCGUAUCGGUACCCUUGAGGGUUUCAAUUUUGGUCCGAUUCGCAAUUGGGAAAAUAGAUAGAUUGGAUGACCCUUGGAAGUCUGUCUCCGCGUGCGACGACGACGAUAAUGAUAGUGUUGCAACGAGCUUCCACAGGCCUGAAUCAGGUUUACCUCGACUACUCUACAAAACUCAAAAUCCAUCACGCCACGCGGUGCUUCUUCCCCCGUGCCGAUGCGACUCUCGUGGCGAGGUUCUAGGGGCAGCCAGUCUAGUAUGA